UCGUCGACGGUUGGGUCUAUUGACAAUCAUGGACAACUGCAAGCCAUUUGUGGGAGGCUGGAAAACUAAACUAAAAUGUGUGAAGUAUCUAAUGUUGUUACUAGUAUGUGCUCAGUGGGAGGCAAAGAAUUGUGCUUCAGCCUCAUAUGCACCUGGCACAGUACUGGACAUCCAACUGGGAGAUGUGGUGAUUGAGCAAUUCAGCUACAUACCAACGCGUGGAGGCUACGAGUUUGGUUAUACCUUGCCCAAUGGCACACAUCGCGAUGAGGUGGGAGAGUUGCUUCAUGACAGAUCUGCGAAUGAGGACGUGCAAAAUGCAAAUAACUUUGAUCGCAAUGCUCGACCCUCGCGUCGUCCGGGCCUUAAAAAUCGUAAACUCUCACCAAAAUCCCUUUCUUCGUUGGCUGGUUGAUCUUCAGUUUAAUCGAUUGUACUAUAACAUAUUUAAAGACAUUUACUGGAAAUCCUCGAAUUUUGC